GAGAGAGAGGACCUCGGGUUAUUGCACAACCAGAGUUUUCCCUCUGCGCACCGGUGCAUAACUUCCAGGUGACGGAUGCUCUGUAACGAGUCGGGGCGAGCCCUGCAGACUCUGUGAUGAAAUUAAGAAUGCGUAAAAAAGAUAAUUUACAAUGACAGCGAGGCGACACGUGCCGUGGGGAGCAUCAUAAAUACUGUUUAACUCGUGGACUUGCUUAGAGUCUCUCCAUAGAUCUGCACAUUAGUAGUUCAAGGACGCUCCUACACUUUUCAUACAAAAAAGUUUUCUACGCUGCAGCUAAACGUCAUGUUGGAUAAAUUCGGGUCGCAGAGCGCGGGUGUGCACGUCUCCAGCGCCGAGCUCCAGCUCAAACUCACGGACAACAAGAGCAGCCUGGCCGCAGCAGGGAUGGGGAUGGAGAACGGCACAGGGAAGAAACUCAUAGAGAUAACUGGACCGGCUUUAUCCAAAAGAAAACUUCUGGUGGGGUUAGACCUCCUCUGCCUCUUCCUGGCUUCCAUCCCUUUCUUUGCGUGUGAGCUGAAGGCAGUGAGUCCUUAUAGGAGGGGCUUCAUGUGCGGGGACCCCAGCAUCACGUAUCCUUAUCUGCAUCGAGAGGCCAUACCGGACGAAUUACUCAUCGCCGGUGGCAUCAUCAUCACCGGCCUCACUAUCGCCCUCGGGGAGUGUUACCGGGUUCGUUUCAGAGGCAUCAGCUCUAAGGCCUUUGUGAGGAACCUGUAUGUGUCCUGUCUGUACAAGGAGCUGGGCUGCUUCCUGUUUGGCUGCUUCGUCGGACAGUCCCUGACCAACAUGGCCAAGCUAAGUGUCGGUCGGCUGCGACCGCACUUCCUGUCUGUGUGCGGUGUCACCUAUGCGUCGCUUAACUGCACACCUGGAACCUACAUUGCAACGGUGAACUGCCGCCAACCUGACCACCGGUUGGAGGAGGAGGCCAGGAAGUCCUUCUUCUCUGGCCACGCUUCCUUUGCAAUGUACACAAUGCUCUAUUUAGCAUUUUACCUGCAGGCGCGGUUGACAUGGCGUGGUGCUCGGCUGCUGAGGCCGGCUCUGCAGUUCUUCCUGGUUCUGCUGGCGGUCUACACAGGUCUGACCCGCAUCUCAGACUUUAGGCACCACCCAUCCGAUGUGCUCACAGGCUACAUACAGGGCGCCCUGACUGCUUACUGGGUGGCCUUCCACAUCUCGUCCAUGUUUAAAGGCUCCAGUUCAUGUCUGUCUCCGACUGACACCCUGGACAGCCCAUUGUCGCCCCUCCACACUGUCUGCUAAACCCUCACAUCUACCAACCCCUGCCACCUGCUGCCUGUAGUGUAGAGUGGAAGAAAUAUGAAGAAUGUGAGAUCAUUUCCUGUGAAGUCAAACCACAUACCUCAGUACUGAAGCUUUGAGGGACAGGGAGAUACUGAAUGUGACUGAAAAGACAAACUGUGAACUAGAAGAGAGGAAGAGGGCGGGUGCUAAAAACGAGUGUAAGCAGCCAGAGCAUCUGACCUUUUGACCUUGAGACUGACUUUAGCUUCACAUGUACACUCACCUGUGAUGAGAGAAGAAUGAAUUCUGAACACACAGCAACCAUUCCCACUCACCUGUAAAUAUAUAAAUAUUUUGUACAACAACGAAUGAUACUUUAAAAGCACUUUUGUUCUUAGUAUUAAUAACAACAUAGUAUUGAUUUGAAAUGUAGGAUGUAAUACAUGUCAGAAAAACAUGUAAUAUUUGUUUUACUGUAGUUGUGAACUACUGUUAUGUUUUUUUACAUGAACCCUGUGAAUGUAAUGGUGUUUGAGUAAAGCACAUAUAGCGAGAAGGCAACUCAAAUUCCUAAUGUUGUACCAUUUAGAUGUGGUAGGAUGCAUCCGUCUUGUGUGCAGUCUGUUCAAUAACAAGAUAGAAGAUUACCAUUUCUCCACAAUAGAUAUAAUCCAUGUUUGUAAAGUAUGGACACUAUAGCUCUCAGAUUUGUUUGAAUGCUAACGCAGGUUGACUACUUACCACUCCAAGAGCACACAGAUCAUUAAAUAAAAAUGAGAUUUUUUAAAGUAAAAAUGGUCUCUAAGUUUAGUUUGUGAAAUAAUACUUCACGCACAAUUUGUUCAUAACACUUUUUGAUGUUAUUGUAUAAUCUAUAGAUAUAAUCUAUAUUUAUAUAUUAAUAACAAACUGCUGUGUUACAAUACUAUAACAAUACUCGAUGAAUUGAUAAUUCUUUGUGUAUGUAAAUGUAAAUCUACAAAGUAAGAGCAGCUGUCAGGGGAGAAUAAAUGAGUUUUGUGGAAUAGAAAUGUAAUAAGGUAAAACGGCAUGACCUUUGAGCCCCUGGUCCUGUGCCCGAUAGGCCUGUUCAGUAAUCCAUCCAUAAGUAAAAUGUAAAAGUACUUUAUGUACAGAAAGUUAUCUUAGUAAACAUACUUAGUUACAUUCAACCACUGUCUGUAAAAGUAUUCUUUAUCUUUUUAUUUUUCUGAUAUUCUUUAUUAAAUUCAUCAACAGUC